AUGAAAGAAAGUGACAGUACUACUAAUACUGCAGAAACCACUGCAAGCUUCAGUAAUGGCACUAGGAAUCUGCACAACAAUGGCGGAUGCGAGCCCUGCAGAUCUUUUGGUCAAAAGUGCACUCAUCUUAUGAAGAAGCAGCGGACCAAGUUCUACAUCCUCCGACGUUGCAUAGCAAUGCUUCUCUGCUCGCAUGAACGUAAUGAUUCAUGA